AUGAUCGAAAGCGAACCCCGCGGCUUUGGCAGGAGAGCUGAGCGAAUCGUACCGGAACUGGAAGUUCACCAUCAGCAGCAUCAACCUCAAGAGCAGAACGCCGAAGCCCAAGACCAGCAGCAGGUCCAGCAGCAACUUCAGCGACUCGACAUCAGCGACAACACCGACGAAAGUAACAACGCCCGGGCAGCACCUGAGCCGGCGGCACCAGCAUCAGCGGAGGAGGACGCCGGAGUCAUCCGUGUCAGCGUCACCACUACGACCACCGUCAGCGAGGCGGCCUCAGGAGCGACACCCGCUUCCAACAGCAACAACAGCAACUUCACGAACUACAGGAACUACAGAAACUACAGGAACACCACCACAAACAACGCUGCCAACGAUACUACCACCAACAACAACAGCAACAUGGGUCUCGCCUACAACGUCUACCUCAACAGCGGCAAGAUUUACGGAUGCAGGAACUGCAAGACCCAUUUAGCUAAUCAUGAGGAUAUUAUCAGCCGUAACUUUAGGGGCCAACACGGCAAAGCCUACCUCUUCAACUCGGUCGUCAACGUCGAGACGGGCGACGCCGGCGAGCGUAAUAUGACGACGGGCCGCCACGUCGUUCGGGACAUCUACUGCCGCCAGUGCAAGGAGGUGGUGGGGUGGAAGUACGAUAAAGCCUACGAGCCUAGCGAGAAGUACAAGGAGGGCAAGUUCAUUUUGGAGGCUGAGUUGCUUGCCAAUGUUAACUAG